CUUAUCUGGCUGACAAUUUUUUAAUUAAGACCCUCCACCUCCGGCCGUACUCGGGUAUCGGCUAUAAACUAUAAAAACACAGAGCCUGCCAUCGAAUGGGUUAGUUACGGAAUCGAAUCGGUGCGAAUAAGUGAUUUAUCUUACCAAACCGCGAUGGGAGCUUUCAAUUUGAGGAUGUGCGUCCUGGCCGCCUGCCUGCUGAUGGCUUCCCAGGCCUACGCCGGCUACACGAUGGAACAAAUGUGCGCCCAAUGGUGGGACACAGGAUACGUGGGUAAUCCGAACGACUGCAGCGGCUGGGGCUACUGUUCUGGCCAGCAACUAGUCGCUUGGGGUUCUUGUGGAGCGAACCUUACCUUCAAUCCCCAGCUUGGAAUCUGCGACUGGUCCUACAGGACUCCGUGCAAGAGUAAUCCAGUGCAAACUUGCCAGUACGCCACCUCGCCCAUGUAUGCGGCCGAUCCGACCAACUGCAACCAGUACUAUAGCUGCGAUGGAAAGGGUAACAGUGAAGUGUUCAGCUGUGGCACCGGUGCUGUCUUCUCUGCCAGUGUGCCAGAGUGCGCCUGGGGGCCAACAUGCCCUCAGGACUCCAUUUGCGAGUACAUGAAGAACGAUAUCUUUGUUGGUGAUCCGCAGAAGUGUGGUAACUAUAUCUUGUGCAGUCAGGGCACCGGAACAUCUACGUCGUGUGAAUCUGGUUAUUAUAAUGCGCAAACUGGAAAUUGCCAACCGUCAAGCGCAUGCGACUCCUCAAACAGCGGUACCGUCACCGAUGGUCAGUUUUCGGUUGGAGACAAGAGUCCCACUGGUACUUGUUCAAAUGGAUGGAGUGCUGCCGCAAACUUGGCCGCAGAUGAUGCAACUAAAACGUACAGAUUUGUUCCCGAUGGUGUCACCUGUUAUGGUUUCUACUACUGUGCAAAUGAUGAGUCAACAGGCAUUUGGAACUCUUGCCAAACUGGCACCCACUUCAAUCCAUCAACCGGACAAUGUGUCUCGCCUGCCACAUUUGCGUGCACCCACAAUCGGUGCGGCAAUGUUCCCGCUCAAUUUAUGGCCAAUGUGGGCACAACUUGCGAAUCUUACACAUAUUGCGCCAAGGGAACCACAGCUCAAUGCCCCACCGAAAGUCCGUAUUUCGAUGAGGUGCACGGCAUAUGCACCACCGAAGCACUCCCGUACGCAAUUUGCGCAGCAUCAAAUAAUGAUGAAUAAUUUGUAUCCAACUGUAUCAAUUCCUCUGUAUACCUUAAAACACUUACCUAUCCAUAUAUGAAAUGCCGAAUGAGAUGUAUACUCUUUUGUUUUAAUAUUUUAAUAAAGGAAUGGGAAUCUUUGGACUUAG